UCCUCGGCUCAAAGCUCUGCUCAGUCGGUUCUGAGGUGAUUUUCCAAGAACAUCAUGGUUUUUCGUGGACUUUUGGCCGUUUUUCUUCUGGGUUUCUGUUCCAGAGCCCAAGCAUCCUUGGUAAAAUGCUCUUGUGAUCCUGGUCCUGCGGGAGAGCGAGGACCUCCAGGUCCGCCAGGUCCUCCAGGUAAUGGCAAUGGUGGCUUUUGGGGCUACCCGCCCACUGGUCCUUUCCCCCCGAAUGUGCCGAUUAUCCCAGGUCCUAGAGGCUUACCGGGACCACCGGGUCCUCCUGGAUAUUGCUUCCCCUGUCCGGCUGUUCCACCAGUGAGGGGUUUCCCACCGCCACCUGGUGUACCCAUUCCACCAUUAUUUUCCACACAAGCUGGAGGAGCUGGUUUUGGUGGCGCCUCUGCUUUGACCACCGCCGUGGGCAACAUUAUAGUUAUUCCUGGUGGUGUGGGAACGGGAUUAGCAGGUCGUGCUCAGUUCUUCCACAUCUCACCGGAUGGUCAAGUGUUGCAGAUCGAUCGUCCGCAGAAUCUGCCCAGUGACCUGUUCGAUGCGCCUGCAAACACGGCAGCUUCGACUGUCAUUCCCCCACCGCCGCCUACGUCUGCAUCUGUGUCGGGGAUUACGCCACCAACCGUUCAAGCGGCUCCCACUCAACCCACUCCUGGUGAACAGACCACCCUACUUCCGGAGAAUGUAGAGGAGACCGUAUUUGCAGUGGGCAAUCGUCGGAAGGACUUCCUGCGCGGCAGUUCCGAUGCCAGUGACUGGCGGCGAAUCCUGCUCCUGGGCGAGCGACCCUCGGAGACACUGUUGCCACCUAAUGUUCACUCCGUGUCUAACCAGCUGGAGAACAGCAUGGAGAGCUUUCAGCGAGCUCUGGUCGAGCUAAAGGAGAAGUAUGCCAAUCUUGUUCAGCCGCGCAGUGCCAACCAAUAUGCUGUUAUUUAUUAAGGCGAAAAGAGUCCGAGUAAAAUAUUUUAUAUUAAAAUUGUUUAAAUAAAAACAGUACUGAUAAUAUCUAGCCAUA